AUGACAGGUGCUCAGAAUGAGUUGAAACUACAAGAAGCAGCCUUAAAGAACGAUGUCGAGCAAACUAAAAAAGUGCUCGAAUCCAAAGUUGACCUAAACGCCAAAGGACAUCUGGACCGAACUCCAGUACAUUGGGCAGCUUCCAAAGGUCACUUAGAAAUUUUGAGCUUACUUCUUCAGGCCAAGUGCGACAUUGAAGUGACCGACAAAUACGGUAUGACGCCCCUCCUGAUGGCUGCCUGGUUUGGAUACAAAGACGCCGUCCAACUGCUCGUCGAAGCGGGAUCCAACUGCAGAGCUGUCAACAGGCAAGGACAAACAGUCCUCCAUUGUGCUGCACAAAACAACCAAGAAGAAAUCAUAAGCUUCCUAUUAGAAAACGCAGAAAACCUCGAAAUCAAUGCAAUGGAUAAAAACGGAUUGACUCCCGUCCAUGUAGCAGCUACGAAUAACUGCAUGCCGAUUGUCGAGAAAAUGGUUCAAGUGGGCGCUGAUAUUUCCAUCAAAGACAAAGCAGGCAGGAGCCCGGUCCAUUCCGCUGCGGAGAGGGGACACCAUCUCGUGCUGGUGAGGUUGCUGAGAGUGGGCGUGGAAGUCGACGACAAGGACGAGGAGGGCAAGACGGCCCUGCACCUGGCAGCAGAAUCCGGCCACCAGAAAGCAGUGGAGAUCUUGCUGGAGCAUAACUGUGAUCCCGGGGCACAGGAUACAAAGUCGAGGACAGCCCUGCACAUAGCCACUUCUCUUGGCUACUACGACGUUGUAGAGACUCUCCUCAAGUUUGGAGCUUGCCUUAAUGUCAGAGAAAAACACGGGAAUACACCCCUCCAUUUGGCUGUGCUGGGGAAUCAUCCCCAGAUGGUUGAGCUGCUGAUGAAGAAAGGAGUCACAGUCAAUGCUACCAACGACAGGCAGCAGACAGCUCUCCACCUGUCAGCGGAGCUCGGGUAUUCGGAAGUUGCUGAAGUGCUCUUAUCGUGCGGUGCAGACCUCUCCGUUCCAGAAAAGGGUGGUCGAAAAGCUCUCUACAUUGCAGCGAGAGGGAGUUACACGGCAAUCGUAGAUAUGCUAAUAAGAGUGGAGAGAGAUCAGAUGAGAAAGGUAAUUCUACCAUUCAAAAAUUUCAGUAUCCCCGAGCCGAGUCCGGAGUUCGUGCGCCACAGGGAGCAGCAGGCGGAGGCCCAUCAGAAGUCCAUGCGGGAGCUCCUGUGGACGCUGUCGAAGAACUACCUGGAGCCCCACGACUGGAAGCGGCUCGCCAGACACUGGGGCUUCACGGAAGAGCACAUCAAAGCCAUCGAGCAUCAGUACACGGGCAAGUCAAGUUACAAAGAACACGGUUACAGGAUGCUGCUAAUAUGGUUGCACGGGGUUCCUUCCAGUAAGCACCCACUCAAAGAGCUUUAUGAAGCCCUCACUGCCAUAAACAAAAGGGAGGUGGCAGAGAAGAUUCGGCGGAAGGCCGAAGAGCCGCCGCAACCUCGCCGGAGCUGUCGUGCCAAUCGGUUUUGUGCCUUCUGCUCGAUCAUGUGA